CGCGAAAUUCGAGAAGUUGUUUGUUUGCCUUUUCUUACAAAAAUCUUCGAUAACUCGUUCCACAACGGCCCUAAAAAUCAAAGAUGUCUGAAAACUCAAUACGCGUGUCUACAUUAAAUACAGCUAAUCUUGGAAAUGGAAAGAAACCAUCAAGGAGUGGCAAGAUCAAAAAACGACCAGGACUGAAGACACUACAGCCAUCUGCACACAAUACCAAGCAAGUUGUUGGAAACAGAAGAGAAAAUUUCUUCACACCCAAGAAAAGCCAAAAACGGAAACUCGAUGACGAAAACCAGAGCGAGGGUACACCAACAAAAGUUGCCAAAGUCAUUAAACCAAGACCAGCAUCGGAACUCAAAAUAUUUCAUGACCCUGAGCCGGAAAAUGAAACCAUAGAUAAAGAGGCUUAUGAGUUAAUGGUGCAAGAGACUGUGCCUGAGUCUUACUGGGAAGAAGUUGCAGAACAGAGAAGAGUUGCUUUAGCUGAUGCAUUAGAUGAAAAUGAAAAGGUAGGAGAAGCCAAGAUAUCAAAAUUGCUCUACCAGUCAUUUGACGGGAUAACCAAUUUCAACACCAAAUGCAGAAUUUUUGACGCGAAAUCACCCAGUUUGCAGUAUUUGAUACAAACCUGA